AUGGGCAUUCGUGCCGUGGCUAGGGUAAACGGUCAUACUUUGGCGCGGCCUCGUAAAUGUACCCCCAAAACCCUCGCCUCUCAGUUUCUCCUUGCCAAAAUUUCCAUCCAGAUGGACGAACAUUGCUUGGUCAUGUGCGGCGAAUGGAUCUGUGGAGAUGACGGUAAGUGGGAUUUUGUUAUUGACAAGCAGAUGAUGUCGAGAGUAGUCCAAAUGAGUGAGCAUAUGGGUUUAGUUGAGUUAAAGGAGAGGGUUCUUAGAGAAUUCUACGGUGAGGGAGUCGUCGCCGUUUCCCCUUCCCUCAGUUACUGGCCACUAAACAGCAUGGAGCUGGCGACCGGGAAAACUACACCGCCGGUGCUGGUUACAAAUACAGGGGCCAUAAGCUUCUUUUUUAAACACCUCCGUGCAGACAGGAGAAUGAACAUGUUUGUGUCUUUCUCUUCCGAGGCCGAUUACAUCACACCAGCUCAACCGAAGAAGAGGCGAAAUGUCUUCCAAACCCUCAACGAGCCAACAAGGAGUGGUUCUGGUUUUGAAGAAGGAGGUGGUUAUGGUUCAUCAGUUGGGUCGAAGAACCUGCCUGUAUACUGCGAAGAUGAAGAUAUUCUUAGCCACGUUCAGGAAGCGGAGGCUAAGUGGGCAGAGGGCAGCACCCGUAAACAGAGCCGUUGCAGCAGCGAAGAGACAACACUAUCAGACUCAGAAGAUAAUUGCCGUGAGGUUCCAUCUAAUGUUGAAGUUCGUGAAGCUGGCUACGACAAAGAGUUUUAG